UCUUCUGGUUAAGAGAUAAAAACUUUUUCUUCUCUUCAUUCGAAUCAUCAUAUCGGUGUAUCCAUCGCUCUUUUGUAAAUUUUGCUUCGUUGCUGAGUUAUUCCAUUUUUAUUGAAAUUUAGACAAUAUCGUCCAAAGAGGUCCAACUCAUUUUUCAAUAAACUCGCCUGGCCAAAAUAAGUCGAACACACUUUGUUUAAAUUAAUCCUCCAUACAGUGGAAGGUAGAGUUCAUCCAUUUAUCAUAUUAUAUAUAGGGGUGGCACUUUCCCGUUCCUUUCCAGAGUAACGGUAAAAUGAUACAUUUUGUUUCCCCAAAAAAAGAAAAGUGAUAUCUUUUCUUUUCGCAAGAAAAAGUUUUCUUACUUUACUCCUUUUUUUUGUAAAGAAAAAGAAAAACUUUUCUUUUGUUAAUAUUCAAAGUAAUAGUUGAGCAAACAGAAGUUUGUAACGUGGAAGAGAUGGAAAACAACAAAAAAGAAAAAGAAUGCAGAAAGUGUCACAAGGAGAGGGAAGUUUGUUAAUAGAAUAAAUGGUUUGCAUACAUCACUAGUGGAAGCGCUCCGUGUCCUCAAUAAACUUUAAAACGGAGAAAUACAGAGUUUUUAUAUCUUUUAUAAUUUAUUGUUGUAUUUUCAUUGAUCAAAACCUGCCGAAAUUCUUCUAACAUAGUUUUUCUCAUAUUAUCAUACUGCAUACACUCCAAAAAGAAGUGGUAAAUUGCCGCCAUUUUGCAGCAUUAUAUAGAAGUCUAUUUAUGAGUACGUUUUUUUGUGCUUAGAACUACAUUUCUUAACAAUUAUGAGCGAACAAAAUCCUGGUGCCGAUAGAAAUUUUCUUAAUGAAAUUUUACGAAACGAACCCAGUUUAUAUGAUUUACAUACACAUUUGUUGGGAAUGGGUGACUCAGACUUUUGGCUUUAUUCGGUAUUAGGAAAUGAAAGACUCUUGCCAACAAAUAAAAAAAUUUGUGACAGUAUUGAUUUUCGUCAGAAAUAUGGUCCAUUAAUGUGGGAUGACACAAAAUCAAAAUUUAUUAAUCCAGAAUGUACUGACGAGUUUAUUCGAAUAUUAAUUAACAGCAACGGUGUUUGUGACCAUCUCUUAAGUAGUCUAUCGGAGAAGGAAACGUUUCGGAAACUGUUUAAGACAAUACCAUUUACAGAACUUAAGCAUCAUAAUUUAACAUUCCUUAAAGAUUUUUCAUACGAUGUCAUUUUAAAGUUAGACAAUCUGGCAAAAGCGUUUGGCAUUUUCGAAAGGAAUACACAUCGCGAUUUAUUGCAAACGAUCGUUGAAGAAAAACUUGGCUUUCACGAUUAUAAAUUAAGAAACAGUAAUACCAUAAAUAACGAAUUUAAAUAUUAUAUCGUUUUUAAUGCUCGAAAACAGUUAUUUGAAAUCGUAUACGGUAUACCAGUUGAAAUAGUUCGUGAACUUGUUGGAGGUGAUGUAUCCGAUGAUAAGAUACAAGAUAAAGUGAUUCUAAACGCUCGAGGUUAUAUACGUAAUGCGUUUUCAAUGCGUAAUGCCGAUGGAACGGCACCACGAAUGAUUGAUUUUAGUUUAUUUCAGGGUACUUUUACACCUGAAUUUUAUCCACGCCGUUUUGCAUUAAAAGAUGCACUUUAUGAACAAAGAUUAGAUAUACUCGCUUAUUUAUUGAAACAUGUACUUGGACGUUAUAUUUCAUGUGCACCGCCGGUCAAAUACUGUGAAUUAUCGAUAGGAGUUGGAGAUCUUUCACGGCCAUGGGUAUUUGAUAUUUUGCGAUCAUUUUCUAUCUCCGAUUCGAUUGAAACUAACAACCGAGACAGUAAAAAUUCGUCUAUGAUCAACUCUGUACCGAGAGGUAUACAAAAGAGCACCUUCAAACAACUCAUCGGGAAGUAUUUCCAACAUUUGGCUCCUGGAAGCAAUGAUUGUUUUCAAGAUGUAACGUACAAGUUUUUGGCAGGAUUUAGUCGACAUCAAGUUCAACUGCCUUAUAUUAAUUCACAGGCAGAAGCGAUAUCACUUCUUUAUGGAGCACCUCAAUUAUGUAUUCAUUUAAUGACAAAAGAAAUGAAAAGAGAAUACGAAGGUGGUGGUAUCGAAGGAAUAUUUCAAAUAUUUGUUGAUCAAUUAAAUAAAAUGAAACAGGUAGCAGAACGCCAUGAAGAAACUUUUUAUCAUUGGGUAGUUGGAUUAGAUUUGUUUGGCGAUGAAUCAGGUUAUCCCUAUUGUCCAUUCGUUGCUCAUGAAUUUCUAGCCUAUAUCAUACACUGUCGCUCAAUAAAUUAUUAUUUUGGUAUACGUAUUCAUGGCGGCGAAAAUGUAUCUGUAGUGAAUGCAAAUCUUCCCGGUUAUCGUUUAUUUGUUGCACACAUGUACAUUUUUUUUCAAUCGUUACAAUAUUUGCAAAAGAAAUUAGGUUGUGGUAUUAGAAUCGGACACGGAAUUGCUUUUGAACUUAUACUAGGUGAUAAUGGGAGCAUAACACGCGAGCGAAAAUCAUCGGUUCUUCUGUCAGAAAUGCAAAAACUUGGAAAAGAUGUAUUGAAACAAAUUACAUUCGAAGUAAAUCUUACGAGCAAUAUUUACCUGCUAGGCACUUCUGUUCGUCAGCCACUUGUUCAACAAAAAUCGCAUAAUUUAGAAAUUCUGUUUAACGCUAACAUACCGGUCAUUUUAGCGACUGACGAUGAUGGUAUAUGGCCAAUUAACGCAUGUCCGUUUGGCCAUAAUAAACAUAGUUCGCUUCCUGCAGAAUAUUGUCAAGCAAUUGACAAUAAGCUAAUUGCAUCCACAGAUCAACUGAAAAAAAUGUUUUCAGACACGAAAAGUUCGGCGUUUUGGCAGCCAAAUCACAAGUUCACACCACCACCAGCAAAUAAUGAUGCUGCUUCAUUUCGUCCAUCUUUUAUUGUUUUACAUCUAGAUAUUGUUAGACACAUACUUAGAAAUUUUGACUUCAACACCAACAGCGACCAGUGUUAUCGAUUUGCAAGAUAUUACGAAUUUAUUCAGCAAAUACAAAGUCCAACCGAUUACGGACGCGAUAAAGAGUGGGAAGAUCAAUGUGAAAGUUUGUCUCGUACGGCGUUUGCUGCAUGUGAAAGAUGGUACUUGCGAAAAAAGCGCGAAAACAUAGCCGUCAAUCCACAACAUACUCUUUUCCUCGACGAUGCUCUUUAUGCUGAAUUGAGCUGGGCAGCAUUAUACAAAAAAUUUCAUCAAACGGCAACCGAUUUAAUUUCACAAAUGUUCGAAUUGGGCUUUAAAUCUCUUAAAAAAUACCAUUUAUUUCCAUCAAUGUAUGCUGUAUUACGAUCAACUUCUAAUCGCAAAAAAGUUAAAGAAUAUUUUGACACAAAUUCGGAUGAAUUAGCCGUUCCGAUUCAGGGAAUGGUCGUCGAUUACAAUCAUCAUUUGCUAGUCUGUACUCAACUCGAAGCCCUUGAUAUCCAGUUUUUGUUAUCAUUGACCAGACGUAAAGAAUUAAACAUUGGAAAUUGGACGCACACAUUUUCUGAUUCGAAUAAACCAACCCAUUUUAGAUUUCUGUCAAUUCUAGAUGACGAUGAACUGCCGAAAGAACUCUCAUUUCGAGUAGCCUAUUUAUUGUGGAUGAUUAUUUGCGAGGAAGAUCCUUUUAAAGAAAAGCAUAUACUGUCAUUAGUGAACGAAAUCGUCGGGCCAUCUAGAAAAGCUAUGUAUAUGUAUCCAUUUGGUGUAACGAAUAACGCUGAUGGAGUUAGUGCACCUACAGUCAAGGAAGUUCCAUACGUUGAUCCAACUGGCGAAAGUCUUCCACUUCUGUGA